UAAAAAACAAAUCACAUUGCAAAAUGGUUGCUCCCAUUACAUGCAUCCUAAUCAGUACAGACGGCUGUUGUGCAUAUGAAGCUCAGAGUAUCCCUUUAAAUAUAACAGAGAAGUAAAUACAUUAUGACUGUUUAAAGUUCUGUAGAUAUUGUUGACAUCUGCUCAUCAGCCACCGCUAUAACCCAGCUCGGCUAUGUGAUUCCUAUUUUUAAGGAAAGCUCAGAAGUGACAGUUCCACUUUCAGGUUGCUGAAUAUUGAGAUGGCAAGCCCUUCCACGUGGUUCCUUAUUCUCUCCAUGGUCAUUACGUGCCACUGCGUUCCCUUGUGGUAUGACCGAAAAGGGGUGCUGGCAGAGGAAGAUAGUCUGAGAACUGGAGGCAAUAUUAUUCUUGGACCAAGAGAGCUGGAGGCCAACAGAAAUUUAAUGAAAAUAAAAGCAGUAGAACUUAGUGAAGCAAAACGUACUGAAGCAUUCCCUCCCAGCAUGCACUUCUUCAAGGCUCGGGACCUCAUCCAACAGAGCAAAGUUUUCAAAAUCUUACGAGAGAUGCCUAAAGGGGCUGUUUUACAUAUACAUGACUUUGGAGUCCUGAGUGUGGAUUGGCUGGUGAAGAAUGCCUCCUACCUUCCUAACUGUUACAUCUGCUUUACUGAUGCCAGUGGAGUGAGGUUUCGGUUCUCUAAGUCAACUCCUUUGGGACCUUUGCCCCUUGGCUGCUCAGAUUGGGUUCUUCUUGAAACCUACAGGAAGAAGGUAGAAGAUGUUGUAGAAUUUGAUAACAGCCUCAUCCACAACUUAACACUACUCACGGAUACACCAGAGCUGACAUACCCAACACAGGAUAUAAUCUGGCGCCGGUUUGAGGAGGCAUUUAUAUCAGCCUCUGGCCUAAUCUGCUAUGCUCCUGUGUUCAAGGCGUAUACAUAUGAAGGUCUCCGUGAGCUGUAUGACGAUAACAUCCAAUAUAUAGAGAUGAGAGCCAUGCUUCCCCCGAUCUAUGAGCUUGAUGGGACUAUCCACGACCGUUCCUGGAUGCUGACCAUUUACAGAGAUGUGACUAAGCAGUUUAUGGAAGCUCAUCCAGACUUCCAAGGUUUGAAAAUCAUCUUCACUGUCCACAGGCAUGAGAAUGUAUCUCGUGUGAAGGAUGCCGUGCUUGUUGCCAUCAAUCUGAUGAAGGAAUUCCCCGAUAUCAUGAUCGGCUUUGAUUUGGUUGGUCAGGAGGAUGCUGGGAAUUCUCUGUACCAGUUACGAGAUGCUCUCAACCUACCAAGUUUGAUGGGAGUCAAACUUCCAUACUUCUUCCAUGCUGGAGAAACCAGCUGGCAAGGGAUUGAUGUAGACGAGAAUGUAUUGGACGCGUUGCUGCUAAACACCUCUAGAAUAGGCCACGGGUAUGCCCUUGUCAAGCAUCCAGCGGCCCGUGAAAUGUCCCUUAAAAUGAACGUACCUCUGGAGAUAUGUCCUGUGUCCAAUCAGGUACUGCUCCUGGUGAAUGACCUCCGGAAUCAUCCUGCGGCCACACUGCUUGCUGAAGGACAUCCAGUGGUGAUCAGCUCCGACGAUCCAUCUAUUUUUGGGGCUCAAGGUGUUUCCUAUGACUUUUAUGAGGUUUUCAUGGGAAUUGGGGGCAUGAAGGCCGAUUUGAGGACCCUAAAACAGUUGGUUAUGAAUUCUAUAAUUUACAGUGCUUUGUCUCAAGAAGGAAAACAGCGAGCUAAAGAUGUCUGGCAGAAGAAAUGGGACAUGUUUAUAGAAGAUCUGGCCAAGGAUAACUUAGAUAUGUAAAUAUUAGAGAUAUGCCUCAGACUCACUUGGACCCUUAUUCAGUGUAAUGUGAAGCUAACAGAAGAACAUGGUUGAAAAAACCCAAAGAAGAUAACUUCACAGGAUUUUGAAUAAAGGUCAUGAAGUGAGAGUUAUGUGUGACUGGGAAAGUGUGUGAGUGCAUGCGUGAAAGUACAGGAUGUGCGAAGAGUGAAAAAUGAAGAGAAAUUGAGAGCAAGGAGAGAAUGAAGGAAAGGAAGAA